AUGUUCGAUCAAAAACAAGUUCAAGAAUUUAAAGAAGCAUUCAACCUUAUGGACCAAGAUCGUGAUGGUACAAUCAGUAUAGAUGAUCUCAAAGAAGUCUAUUCUUCACUUGGAAAAGCACCAAAAGAUGCCGAAUUAAAAGCAAUGAUCGACGAAGCCAAAGGUGCAGUCAACUUCACUAUGUUAUUAACCUUAUUCGGUGAACGAUUAAAUGGUACAGAUGAAGAAAAUGUAAUCUUAAAUGGAUGGAAAAACUUCGACAAAGAAGGAACCGGACUUAUCAGCCAACACAGCCUACGAGAAAUCCUUACUGGUGAAGGACGCAAAGAAGACAGAUUAAGUGAUAUAGAGUUUACUCAAAUGCUCGAAGGUGCUCCACUUGAUCCAAAAGGCAAUCUUGACUACGCUGCAUUUACACGACAGAUCAAACGUGGCAAAGAAGACGAGUAG